AUGGUUGAAGAUAUCACAAAUUCUAGUAGGGAAAUUGCUUUACAAAAACUUUCGUCAUCUGAGGUUGACAAGGAUUUCCCACAAUUUGGUAGGAGAAGCAGAGGAGGACAAAAUUCACGCAUCUUGGCAUUGAUGAAUCUGCUUUCUUUAUGUUUUAGGCCAUUUGGGCAAGGUAGCAGUAGUAACAGUGAUACAAAAUUUGAGUCUUUUGUUGGUGUUAGCAAAGAAGGGAAAGAUGGACUUCUUUGGUAUAGAGAUAUUGGAAAAUACGGGUCCGGUGAAUUUUCAAUGGCUGUUGUUCAAGCUAAUCAAGUACUUGAAGACCAAAGCCAGAUUGAGUCUGGACCUCUUGGAACUUUUGUAGGUGUUUAUGAUGGUCAUGGUGGACCUGAAGCUGCACGUUUUGUCUGUGAUCACUUGUUCAGGCACUUUCAAGCAAUUUCAGCAGAGACACAGGGUGUUGUGACAAGUGAGACCAUCCAAAGAGCUUUCUGCGCAACAGAGGAAGGGUUGACUAAUCUCGUGUCCGAGUUAUGGAGCACUCGUCCCCGAAUGGCAACAGUUGGGUCAUGCUGUCUAGUUGGAGUGAUAUGUCAGCAGACCCUCUUUGUUGCAAAUCUGGGUGAUUCCCGUGUUGUGCUGGGCAAGAAAGUCGGCAACACUGGAGUUAUUGCUGCAAUACAAUUAUCAACUGAACAUAAUGCAAACCUGGAGGCAAUCAGGCACGAACUCAAGGACUUACAUCCAAAUGAUCCCCAGAUUGUUGUCCUUAAGCAUGGAGUUUGGAGAGUGAAGGGGAUUAUUCAGGUCUCUAGAUCCAUAGGAGAUGUAUAUAUGAAACAUGCACGAUUCAACAGGGAACCAAUUAAUACAAAGUUCAGACUUCCUGAACCAAUGGACAUGCCGUUCUUGAGUGCCGAUCCAACUAUCUUUUCACAUCCUCUCCAUCCAAAUGAUUCGUUCCUUAUAUUUGCAUCUGAUGGUCUUUGGGAACACUUGAGUAAUGAAAAAGUCGUGGAUAUUGUCCACAGUAAUCCACGUGCAGGAAGUGCCAAAAGGCUUGUCAAGGCUGCCUUAAAAGAAGCAGCAAGAAAAAGAGAGAUGAGAUAUUCAGAUCUACAGAAGAUUGACAAGAAGGUUCGACGGCACUUCCAUGAUGAUAUAACUGUAAUUGUUUUAUUCUUAAACCAUGAUCUUAUAUCCAAAGGCGCUGUGCAAACCCCACCAGUUUCCAUCCGAAGUGCUCUGGAGCACUGA